GAAUGAAGUUAGUUACAUCAAAAAUCAGUUUUAACUUGACACAUUACGAAGCAAAAUACAAUUUGAAACAAUCAUUCCGAUUGAAUAAAAACCUUAUAAAAACGUUGUAUUUUCACGAUGGCUGCACGUUACGAUAGAGCUAUUACGGUUUUUUCACCUGAUGGUCAUCUGUUACAAGUGGAAUACGCCCAAGAAGCCGUCCGAAAAGGAUCCACAGCGGUUGGUGUUAGAGGUAAAGAAGCCGUCGUAUUGGGGGUAGAAAAAAAGUCUGUAGCAAAACUGCAAGAAGAAAGGACAGUACGGAAAAUAUGUCUUUUAGACGAUCAUGUAGUUAUGGCAUUUGCUGGUUUAACAGCUGAUGCAAGAAUUUUAAUAAAUAGAGCUCAAAUUGAGUGUCAAUCUCAUAAAUUAACUGUUGAAGAUCCGGUUACUUUGGAGUACAUCACUCGGUACAUUGCGAGUUUAAAACAAAAAUACACCCAAAGCAAUGGAAGAAGGCCAUUUGGUAUGUCAUGUUUGAUUGGAGGAUUUGAUUAUGAUGGCAUUCCUCAUUUAUAUCAAACUGAACCUUCUGGUAUUUAUUACGAGUGGAAAGCUAAUGCAACUGGGAAAUCUGCGAAGACUGUAAGGGAGUUUUUGGAGAAAUAUUAUACCGAUGAAGAAGUUGCCAGUGAAGCAGGAACUGUAAAGUUGGCUAUAAAAGCUUUAUUGGAAGUGGUGCAAUCUGGGCAAAAGAAUUUAGAGAUUGCGGUUAUGAGAAAAGGGCAGCCUAUGGUUAUGCUUGAUGCGGAAACUAUUGAAAAAUAUGUUAAUCAGAUUGAAAAGGAAAAGGAAGAAGAAGCGGAGAAAAAGAAACAAAAAAAAUAAUCUAAUAAGGCGAUAUUUUUCUUAAUUAUCUUAUUCGUUUGUAAUUUGUAAUAAAAAUAAAAGCUAC